CUAAAUGCUGACAGCUUAAUGAACUCUGAUCUCUAGGUGUAAAUAUUAGUAGAACUUAGUUUUCAGCCACAAUUCUGAAUUUUGCAAGUUAACAACUGCGAACAUGUUGAUUAAAUUGCUUAUUAAUUAGUCAUUGUGGGCUUAAUUUUGUUCAUUAGCUCAUCCGGCUGACAGCCCAAUGAGCUUAUGCCAUCGUGUGUUGUCUGUCUGGCAUCAUCCACAUUUCACGAAAAUUGCUUCUUCUCUCAAUUCUUCACUGAUUUUUAUUCUUUUUGGCAGGAAGGUAGGUCUGCCUGGGGUGCAUAUGGCUUCUACCCAAACUUGCAUAAUUGCAAUUAAUAAUGAAGCUAUGGUGUAAUUAAGCCCUAACGAGCAGUUUCCACACAAAUCGCUUCUUCCUCAAUUCUUCACUGAUUUUGAUUCUUUCUGGCAUGAAGGUCGGGGUACCUAGGGUGCAUAUAACUUCUACCCAGAUUUGCUUAAUUACAAUUAUUAAUGAAGUUAUGGACUAAUUAACCUUAAUGAGCAGUUCAACAAAAAUUGUUUCUUCUCAGUCAAUUUCUCGCCAUUUUGGAUUCUUUCUGGCAAAUAGGUCGGUAUUCUGAGGGUGUAUAUAGCUUUUAUAUAUAAAACUCAGCAUGUAUAUAGUGUAUAGAGCUUGCAACAUGGCGGCACAGUGGUGUAGUGGUUAGCGCUGUCGCCUCACAGCAAGAAGGUCUGGGUUCGAGCCCCGUGGCCGGCGAGGGCCUUUCUGUGCAGAGUUUGCAUGUUCUCCCCGUGUUCGCGUGGGUUUCCUCCGGGUGCUCCGGUUUCCCCCACAGUCCAAAGACAUGCAGGUUAGGAUAACUUGUGACUCUAAAUUGACCGUAGGUGUGAAUGUGAGUGUGAAUGGUUGUCUGUGUUUAUGUGUCAGCCCUGUGAUGACCUGGCGACUUGUCCAGGGUGUACCCCGCCUUUCGCCCGUAGUCAGCUGGGAUAGGCUCCAGCUUGCCUGCGACCCUCUAGAACAGGAUAAAGCGGCUAGAGAUAAUGAGAUGAGAUGAGCUUGCAACAUUUAUUGCGCAAGGUGGCCCACUUUAGAUAGUUCCUUCUGGACUAGACGGGGCUGGAGUGAGCUACACUGUCAUUAAUGGUAUUGUUGAUGGCCGUUCAGUGUCUUUUACUGCUGAAUGAUGGCACAGAAAGCAGACUCCUGGGGCUUGUGGAGCACAGCAGAGAGCACGCAUUAUUUAUGUUCACCCAUAGAAGAAUGGCAAUCACUGGCAAUGAUGUAACACUGCAGGAAAUCAUACCCAUUUCAUAUGACUUUUCUGUUGUUGAAGUGUCCUCUCCUGAUGAACUUGCUGUAGUUGGUGCUGAUACUCGAGUUAGAUUAACAUUCCUUAAUGAGGAGAUGGAGCUCAAGUUGCCUUUUGGUUCCCACACACGUCUUUUCCUCAGUGAAGUCAACAGAGCCUGGUGUGAUGCCUGUGAGCAGUACCCAGAAGCUCCAAAGUUUGCCUGGCUUACUAAGUACCAGAAAAACUCCAAACAGCCUGGAUCACUAACACCCAAUGCAACACAGAAGAUUAAAAAAAGAGACAGAUCCCACACACCUCAGAGAGAGAACAAACACGCCGGUCCCAGCACUGAGACGAUCGGAGGAGAGGGUCUCCAUGAGAGCCAGGGGAAAGAGAAAGUGGAAAUAAGGAAUGAGCUGAUUCGCUCAUCUCAACACACUGUAUCCAACAAAGCCCAGAUGCUCACCAUGCCCCAGUUUGGCCUACGUGACAACCUCGUCAAGUGUGAGCUUCUUAAGAAAGAGGAAACUUACACUUCCAUUGAAAACUUCAACUUCUUCCUGGGUACAUACAAUGUAAAUGGGCAGGCACCAAAGGAGCCCUUGCACAUGUGGUUAGGUUCCAUUUCUCAGCCUCCUGAUCUCUAUUGUGUAGGGUUCCAAGAGCUGGAUCUAAGUAAGGAGGCUUUUUUCUUUAAUGACACACCCAAAGAGCAAGAAUGGAUGAAGGCUGUAUCGGACGGCCUUCACCCAGAUGCCAAGUAUGCCUUAAUAAAGCUGGUACGGCUGGUGGGAAUCAUGUUGCUCUUCUAUGUGAAGAAGGAACAUGCUGAGUACAUCUCUGAGGUGGAGGCAGAGACUGUGGGCACAGGCAUUAUGGGAAGAAUGGGUAAUAAAGGGGCUGUGGCUAUUAGCUUCAAAUUCCACAAUUCAGACAUUUGCGUGGUGAACUCCCAUCUGGCAGCUCAUAUAGAGGAGUAUGAGAGAAGGAAUCAGGACUACAAGGAUAUCUGUAGCAGGAUGCUCUUCAGACAGCUUGACCUGACACUUCCUCCACUCACCAUCAUGAAGCACAGCAUUGUUCUAUGGAUUGGUGAUUUGAAUUAUCGAAUAAGUGACCUUGAGGUUGACCAUGUAAAGAAUCUGAUAUUGAAAGGGGAUUUUGACGCACUUUACAAUCAUGAUCAGCUGAAGAGGCAAAUGGAUGAAGAUGCUGUGUUUGUUGGCUUUCUGGAAGGUGAGCUCAAUUUCCAACCAACAUACAAGUAUGAUACUGGCUCAGAUGAAUGGGACUCCAGUGAGAAGUGUCGAGUUCCAGCCUGGUGUGAUCGUAUUUUGUGGAGAGGAAAGAACAUAACCCAGCUGAGUUAUCAGAGUCACAUGACCGUGAGAAACAGUGACCACAAGCCUGUCAGCUCCCUGCUGGAAAUAGGGAUCAAAGUGGUGAAUGAAGAGAUCUAUAAAAGGACAUUUGAGGAAAUAGUGCGGUCUCUGGACAAGCUGGAGAAUGAAUGUAUUCCAUCGGUUUCUCUGUCACAGCGAGAGUUCCACUUUGACAAUGUGAAGUUCAUGCAACACCAAGCACAAACUUUGACAGUUUAUAAUGAUGGACAGGUACCAUGUCAGUUUGAGUUCAUACAGAAGCUGGAUGAGCCAGCUUACUCCAAGCCCUGGCUCACGGCCAACCCACCCAAGGGCUUUGUGGCCCAAGGGGCCAGUGUGGAUAUUGACCUGGAGGUAUUUGUGAAUCGCUCUACUGCUCCGGAUUUGAACUCAGGCCAGCAGCAGCUUGAGGACAUUCUGGUGCUACAUCUAGAGAGGGGCAAAGAUUACUUUAUCUCCAUCACAGGCUCCUACUUGCCAAGCUGUUUCGGCUCAUCCAUCCACAUGCUCUGCCAGCUGAGGGAACCCAUCCAGGAAAUGCCUCUGGAGACCAUCCACAAACUAAACUCACCCAGUGAGGCAACCAGCCCAGACACUGAAAGGGCUUUAGACAUUCCGAAAGAAAUAUGGAUGAUGGUGGACCAUCUCUACCGUAAUGCCAGCAAACAGGAAGACAUCUUUCAGCAGCCAGGACUACGCAGUGAAUUUGAGAUCAUCAGGGAUUGCUUAGACACAGGCUCACUUGACGCUCUCCCUGGAAGUAACCACUCUGUUGCUGAAGCCCUGCUUAUGUUCCUUGAUGCCCUUCCUGAGCCAGUGGUCCCUUACUCCCUGUACCAACAAUGCCUGGACUGUAGCUACAAUGGCAGCCAGUGUAAACAGAUUAUUUCUGCAUUACCUCAGUGCCAUAAAAAUGUUUUUAACUAUUUAACGGCAUUUCUCCGAGAGUUGUUGAAGAACUCUGCACAGAAUCGGCUGGAUGUCAAUAUUUUAGCCACAAUAUUUGCUGCCUUAAUGUUAAGGUCCCCCACAAAGCAAGACAUUUCGGAGAAAAGGAAAGCAAAGGAGUUUUUCCAGCAUUUUCUGGUCUCAGAAUCCCACUAAUACACAUCACUGUCUACUUAUUUUGCUGCACAGUAUUUGAUGAGAUUUUUGUUGCUAUAAUUUGUCUAAGUUGUUCUAUCAUUUUAUUUUAUCAUCAUUUGUGUUAGUGAUACCAUUUUAAUUCAAAAAUUUAAAAUAGCAUAUUAAAGACAGCAUUCUUUUAUUAUAAAAUAAAUGUUUUUUGGGGGAGAAAAAAAAAUUAUGCACAUUUUCCAGUUGUGUCAAAAGUACUCAAUCAGCAAAGACAUGUUUGGGUGCAGGCUUUGCACGUGAACUGUGACACCUAAAUAGCUAGUGAUGGCAAAUUUUAUCAUUGUGUAAAACCUUCAUAGAGUUCUUGUCAUUACAGAUCAUGUAGAAUUUUAGUAAUUGAAAGUGAGGGAACAGUUUGAAAGGUAUUUCACUGCUUAUCAAUGUCUGUCAUUACAGAUCAUGUAGAAUUUUAGUAAUUGAAAGUGAGGGAACAGUUUGAAAGGUAUUUCACUGCUUAUCAAUGUCACAAUUAUGCCAUUUACCUUUAGCUAUAACGUUGUAGUUGCAGUGCAAUGUUAAAGUGCCAUUCCACCAUUGGAUGUAUUCUUUGGCAUAAAAUACAAUAUAUUUUAUGACAACAUGACUAGACAGAGAAAUCUUUUA